GGUGGGUAGCGCUUUGCACCCUCCAUACAGCAGAGCUGGCGACCCGCAGGGAAUCGCAGAGUCCAGAAAGUUUCUCCGAACUCUCUCCAUUAAAAGUGUACAAGAUAAAUUUUAUAUUUCCUAAUGGAGACAAGUAUGAUGGUGAAUGUAUAAGAACAUCUUCUGGAAUUUAUGAAAGAAAUGGAAUAGGUAUUCAUACCACUCCUAAUGGGAUUGUCUACACAGGAAACUGGAAAGAUGACAAGAUGAAUGGUUUUGGAAAACUUGAGCAUUUUUCAGGAGCAGUAUAUGAAGGGCAAUUUAAGGACAAUAUGUUUCAUGGAUUGGGAACUUACACAUUCCCAACUGGGGCAAAAUAUACUGGAAAUUUCAUUGAAAACAGGGUGGAAGGUGAAGGGGAAUAUACUGAUAUCUAUGGACUAGAAUGGAGUGGUAACUUCCAUUUCACAGCUGCUCCAGGCCUGAGACUCAAGUUCAAAAUGUAGAUCUUCCAUAUUGAAGUUUAAAUGUGGUGACUGAAGCUUUUACUUAUAAGCAGAGGAACUGAAUUUGUCAUCUGAAAUGACUUCAUACACUACCUCUAUGAAUCUGCCAAUAAAACUAUUACUCACUUAGUGUUUUUGAAUUUUAUUUUCAUUAUCAUGUGGUUUUGAAUACAUUAUAUGAUUCUUUUCAGAGUUUUCUCAUUUUAAUAAGUAUAGCAGAACUAUCCAGAUCUUGGGAAAGUCAAUUUCCAAUCUUGAAUUUUGUCAUCUUUUUUGCCCCUAGUUUGUACUUUCAUGUGGAGAAAAGAAAAUUUCCCUGCAUUAUCCUUUGUAAGUAUGCCAAUACUUGGUCCCUACUGAAUUUUUAUAUUGUGAUAAUGCCUUACAUGAAAAGUCUACCCUCUUAACAAAAAUGUUGUGUACAGUACAUUAUUACUGACUAUAGUGUAAUACAAAUCUCUAUAGCUUAUUUAUCUUGCUUGUCUAAAUGUUAUGUGUAUUGAUUAAUAAUUCCCCAUUUCCCUCUCCUCUACAACCAUGGUAACCAUUAUAUACUCUUUGAUUCUAUGAAUUUGACUAUUUUAGAUAUCCAUUAUGUAAGUGGAAUCUUUUCAAGGCUAAAUAAUAUUCCAUUGUAUCUGUGAAGCAAGUUUUCUUUUCUAUUCCAGACAUUUAAGUUGUCUCUACUUCUUACCUUUUAUGAAUAGUGUUACAAUGAACAUAGGAAUUACAAUGUUUCUUCAAAUCCUAACUUCAGUUCUUUUGGACAAAUACCUGGAAGUGGGAUUACUGGAUCAUAUGGUAGUUCUAUUUUAAUAUUUUGAGGAAUCCCCAUAUUGUUUCCCAUAGUGAC